AUGAUCCCAUCUAAGACACUAAAAACCUUAUAAUCAACUAAGACAUUAUAUCAAAAGGACUCUCCAAAAAUGAAAAAGACAUAAAGUAAUUAUGUACUAUCCAAUAAAACUUAAAGUCAAAAACUCAAAACAACUGGUUACAGAAAUGAUUCAAUUAGAUUAAACAACUCUAUCAAUUAUCUUUAAGAGAAUACAAAAACAUUUCAUUCUUCUUUGUGUAUUCCUUUCAAUUUAGAUGAAACAUAAAAUAAGAAUGAGAUGCUGAUUAAAAACCAAUUAAUUAUUGAAUUAAAUAAAAAAAUAUCUCAAUUAGAAUUAUAUAAUUCAGGUUUACAAUAAGCUAAUCAUUAAUUGCAAAACGAUAUUUUAAUACUAAAUCAAACAAUAGAAUAAAUUUGUAACCAACUUUAAAAACAGAAAGAAUUAUUUGAAAGUUAAAAAUCAUAAAUAAAUGAACUAUAAAAUAAUUUAUCUCUUAAACAAUAAGAAUUAUAAUAAUAAAAAAAUGAAAACUUUAAAUUAAUAACUGUUCUCAAAAUAAGUAAACUUAAAAAUGGAAAAGAAAAUUGUCCAGAAUCUACUCAAUAUGAUUAUUAAGAAUAAAUUAAUUUGUUGAAAGAAUAAAUUCAAAAAUAAAAGUAGUCAUCUUCAUAAACAGAAUCUAUACUCUAAAAUUAAAUUAAAACAUUAACUUCUUAUUUUAGUGAAUUCUUCUUGAAAACAAAUAGUCAGAAAAAGUAAAUAAAUUAAUAACAAUCAUCUCAAAAUGAAACUGAUGUAUUCUAAUUAUAAUUUAAAAAUCUCGAAGAUGAAUUAGCAAAAUAUGAUGAAAAAUUUUAAUACUUUUAAUAAACUUUAAAUAAGUUAACUGAUAAAUAAAUUAAUAUAGUUGUCGAAAAUGCUAAUCUAUCAAAUACCAAAGAAAUUUCUAAACUUAAAUAAAUAAUUUAAAUAUAAAAAAAAUAAAUUGAACUACAACAAAAAACUAUAUUGAAUUAUCAUUUUGAAAUUUAAAACCUUUAAACUCUAUUAUAUAAAAGUGAAUAUGAAAGUAUUGCUGAAUUUAAAAGAACCAGUGUUAAAAAUAAUGAUUAAUUUAUCACUUAAGAAUUUGAAAAUUCACCAAAUGAUGAAAUGUAAUAAUAAUUAUUUCUAAUAAUUUAGUUACCAUCUAAACGAUAGUUAAAGUGACAUUAAGCCAAAAUGCUUUUUAGAUAGUAUUUAAAAUACUCUCUAAAAGUUUUAGGUCAUUACAGAAGAAAGCACUUUUAGAUAUUGA